CAGGUGAUGCUUUUCAAUUCAUCAUGAUUAAAUAUUGGUAAAAUAUAUAGCAAAAUUGACUCAUUAUCAAUCAAAACUCCAAUCCUUCUUGAGUAAAAUAUUUCCUCAACUGCUUCCCUUUGGAAGAGAAGAAUGAAGAAAUCAGACUUUCAAUUGUUAAUUGGCCAUAAGUGUUAGAAACAUCAAUUCUAGAAUGUGGUUCUCAACAUAAGGAAAGGUUACUUCCAUAUAUGUCUGACCAUGGUUAGUUUCACAUAAGUUAGUGGUCAUGCUUAGGUACUUCCAUGCCUUCUAUAUUCAUUGUAUUCUAAUAACACAUGUUAAUGAAAAGAACAUUGCUAGAGUUUCAAGCAAGAAACACCAAAAACUGUCUAAAAUGAUAUUUAGGUACUUUGUACCAUUUCUUUCUUAGCAGUGGCAUUUUAUGUAAAGUCUUUGAAUCCUAAGUGAUGAUAUGGAUAAACUUAACCAAACAUUCAUUUCAGAAUUUCUUCUUCUGAGUUUUUCUGGUUACCCAAAGACUGAAAUAAUCUAUUUUGCUUUGGUUCUGGUGAUAUACCUAGUUAUUCUAAUUGGUAAUGGUGCUCUGAUCACAGCAUGCAUCUUUGACUCUCAUCUUCAUACUCCCAUGUACUUCUUCCUGGCCAAUCUCUCUUUCCUUGAUAUCUGCUAUACAACUUCCUCUGUUUCCUCAACACUGGUGAGCUUAAUCUCCAAGAAAAGAAACAUUUCUUUUUCUGGAUACACAGUACAGAUGUUUCUUGGUUUUGCAAUGGGAUCAACAGAAUGCUUGCUUCUGGGCAUGAUGGCUUUUGAUUGUUAUGUGGCUAUUUGCAACGCUCUGAGAUACCCCAUGAUCAUGAGCAAAGAAGUGUAUGUAGUGAUGGCUUCUGUGUCAUGGCUUUGUGGUGGAACUAAUUCAGUUGUGCAGACAUCUCUUGCCAUGCGAUUGCCUUUCUGUGGAAAUAAUAUUAUCAAUCAUUUUAUUUGUGAAGUCUUAGCUGUCCUCAAGCUAGUUUGUGCUUAUGUAUCGCUCAAUAUUAUUACUAUGAUGAUAUCAAACAUGGUCUUUUUGAUUCUUCUACUGCUGGUCAUUUUUUUCUCCUAUUUGUUCAUUCUCCUCACUAUCUUGAGAAUGAACACAGCCACAGGGAGACUCAAGGCCUUUUCCACCUGCUCAGCUCAUCUGACUGUGGUGAUCAUCUUUUAUGGUACCAUCUUCUCUAUGUAUGCAAAACCCAAGUCUCAUGACCCCACUGGUGAAGAAAAGUUUCAAACUGCAGAUAAGAUCAUUUCUUUAUUUUAUGGAAUUGUGACUCCCAUGCUGAAUCCUGUAAUCUGUAGCUUGAGGAAUAAGGAUGUCAAAGCUGCUAUAAAAUAUAUACUGAAACAAAAACCAAUUAAAUAACAGCAUAAGGAUAUGCAUGCCUUUGUGUA